AUGAGUCCCCUGAAUUCAGUCUUUUUUAUAAACGUCACUAUGUCCAGUAUUGUGCAUCCUGACUACUUUUUCAUAAGUGGUUUUGCCGGUAUUCCCCAUACAAAAUACUAUUAUGGGUUCUUAUGCUUUGUCUACGCUGUGACUGUAGUGGGAAACAUUUUUGUCAUGUUUAUGAUUUACUCUGACCGCUGUCUUCACAGUCCAAAAUACAUUGCAGUUUUUAAUUUGGCUCUGUCUGACUUGUGUGGAAGCACUGCUCUCGUUCCUCAGGUGAUUGACACAUUCCUAUUUAAAGCACAUUUAAUCUCCUUCCAGGCCUGCUUGACAAAUAUGUUUUUUGUUUUUUGGUUUCUCCAUCUGCAGUCUUUCACUCUAACACUUUUGUCCUAUGAUCGAUGUGUUGCUAUAUGCUUUCCACUGAGAUACAAUGAGAUUGUGACUAAGAAAUCAAUGUUGGUGAUCACAGCCGUAUUAUGGAUCAUUGGAGCACUGGCCAUUCUACUUGCUCUGAGUUUUAUCACCAAACUGUCAUUCUGCAAAUCCACUGUGAUAAACAGUUAUUUCUGUGAUCAUGGACCUUUACAUCGUUUGGCAUGCAAUGACAACACUCCAAGUAUUAUGAUGAAUUGGACAUGUCCUGUUGUGAUUCUCUGGCUUCCUGUACUUUUUAUCAUGGGCACAUACAUUUGCAUAGCCAGAGCAUUAUUAAAAAUUGCGGCAGCCUCAGAGCGUUUCAAAGCCAUGCAAACCUGCACCUCUCAUUUGAUCUUGGUGAGCGUGUUUUAUUUUCCUUUAUGCUUCACCUUUUUACUGGGCUCCUCCAUCCACCAGAACGCCAGGAUCCUUAACAUGUUAUUGGCAAAUGCCUUGCCGCCUAUGCUGAAUCCAAUCAUUUACUCACUGAAGACAGAAGAAUUCAGAGAAUCCAUUAAAAAGCUGUACAGAAGAAAGAAGAUGCACAUCACUAUCAGGAAGAAAUGA